CUUUUUAAUUGGGGGAAAAAAAAGAGAGAAGCCCUAGAAGUUGGUAAACACUGGACUGUCCAUCUUGUCUUCCUCCAGGGCACCGCCGAACUGCUCGAUGUCUGAGAGGAAGCGGCGCCGCUCUGAGGCGGCCGCACCGGUGGCCUCUAUUUCGGGCGGUUCCACCUUGAAGAAACCCCGGAGGCAGGACUCCCACGCCCAAGGGCUGCGGAAGCAUCUCAAGUCCGACGCCGAAAUCCUCGCCUCCAUUCGCGAGAUGUACGAAGCUUCCCGAUCUGAAGCCUCCUCCUCCAAGGCCGUCUCCCUUUCCGACCUCAACCUCUCUUCCGCCUGCCGCGAGGUCUCCGAUCGCGACGUUGCCUCCGUGCAGGUCGCCAUCGAGCGCACCGUCCUCGCGGUGGCCCGAUCCAUCCUUGCUGGGAGCGGCUUCUCCUUCGACGUGCCCUCCCGCGCUGCCUCCAACCAGCUUUACGUCCCCGAGAUCGACCGCAUCGUGCUCCGCGACAAAUCAUCCUCACGCCCAUUCGCUAGUCUCUCCACCGUCCGCAAGGCCACCAUUACAGCCCGCGUGCUUUCCCUCGUCUACGCCGUCCUUCGCCGAGACAUCCACAUCACUAAGCGCGACCUCUUCUACACCGACGUGAAGCUCUUCCAGGACCAGUCCCACUCCGAUGCCGUCCUUGAUGACGUCUCUUGCAUGCUCGGAUGCACCCGAUCCUCCCUCCACGUCGUUGCCUCCGAGAAGGGUGUCGUCGUUGGUCGCCUCGUCUUCACUGACGACGGUGACCGAAUUGACUGCACUAAGAUGGGCAUCGGCGGCAAGGCCAUUCCCCCAAACAUUGACCGGGUCGGCAACCUCGAAAGCGACGCCCUGUUCAUUCUUCUCGUAGAGAAAGACGCCGCAUUUAUGAGGCUCGCGGAGGAUCGUUUCUACAACAGGUUCCCCUGCAUUAUCGUCACCGCCAAAGGCCAGCCGGAUGUUGCUACCAGGCUCUUCCUCAAGCGGAUGAAGACUGAACUGAAGCUCCCGGUUCUGGCACUCGUCGACAGUGAUCCCUACGGCCUCAAGAUCCUCUCAGUGUACAUGUGUGGGUCAAAGAAUAUGUCUUACGACAGCUCGAACUUGACGACUCCUGAUAUCAAAUGGCUGGGGGUUCGGCCCAGCGAUCUGGAUAAAUACAAGGUGCCGGAGCAAUGUCGGCUCCCCAUGACAGAUCAAGACGUGAAGGCUGGGAAAGACUUGUUGGAGGAGGACUUCGUUAAGAAGAAUGAAGGGUGGGUCAAGGAGCUCGAGAUGAUGGUCAAGACAAGGCAAAAGGCUGAGAUACAAGCACUAAGUUCAUUUGGAUUCCAGUAUCUCUCUGAGGUGUAUUUACCUCUGAAAUUGCAGCAGAGGGAUUGGCUGUGAAGUCGUUUCUCUGGCUGAGACAUCUGGAAGAUCAAUCCUCUUAGCCUAGUCCGAAUUGCCCACACAACCUAUGUGAUGGUAUGAGUUCAAUUGAUGGAAGUGGUAGUGGUUGCGAUGAGAUUGAAUUCCAUUGUAAACCAAAAACAUUGUGUUGUAACUAACAUUAUCAUGGUUUAAGCAACAAUAACAAGAUCGUCGAUUGGUUUCUAAGUUA